AUGGCCGACGAACCAUCACAUAACCAGCAAGACCAGGGCGAUGGCGACUCUGACGAAUAUGUUGCCGACGGAGAUGAAACCGAGACAAGCAGCCUUCACGAAGAAGAGUUCACUGACGAGAGGGCUAUAGCGUCAGGCUAUCACGAACAAAAGUUUAUCAAGUUCUUCCAAAUCCUCAAUGCUGAUAUUGUUUCAAAGCACAAUGCACCAUGGCCUGGUCUUAUCCCAGGAUUGAGAAGCACCAUUUCCCUCUUCCAUCAUCAACAACGCGCUGUAGCAGCUGCGCUUUACGCGAAGGACUCUCGUUUCAAAGGAAUGAUCCUAGCCGACCCCCCUGGUUUUGGCAAGACUCUAUCGGCACUCGCUACGAUUGCGGUAUCGCAAGCUAAGAGUGGAAGCCUAGGAGGACCUUGCCUCAUUGUCGCCCCUCUGUCGUGUUGCCGUCAGUGGAUGACCGAGAUUGGGAACUUUUUUGAACAUGUAUGUGCUGCCGGCAGUGUCCAAGCUGGUAUUUCUUUUGCUCUUUCUUCCGUAACCUGCGCUGGGUGGCAUCACAAAGGCUGA